UACGGUAGGAUAGGCACUUAGGCAGCCUCCGUUUUGUUGCUCUCUCUCUCUCUAGCACCAAUUCCUUUCUCCUCUCUUCCAGCGAUCUUUAGCGAAGCAGGAAUUCUAAAUUGAGGGUUCCUUCGUUUCCUAUUCGGUCUUCUCAACGGGUUCUCUCUUCUUUUGUGGAUAUUCUAUCGUUGUAUCUGUUUCUUGAUCGAGAUCUCAUGGCUUCUAUGGUGGAUAUUUGAGUUGGUUUUUGAUCCUGGAUCAAGAACGAAAGAGAUAGGCUAGUUUUGAGGUCAGUGGAUCAAGAACAGAGGAAAUCGACUUGCAUUCAGGGGUUCCAUGGCGACGCUGGCGCCAGGGGUUCUAUUGAAGCUCCUCGAUGGCAUGAACACUGGAGCCUCAAAACCAGUUGGAGAGCACCGGAACGCUCUCUUGCAGGUCACCGACAUUGUCCCGGCAGACCUCGAUGAGAAGGAUCUCUGGCCGAAGCAUGGAUUCUACAUCAAAGUAUCCGAUUCGUCCCACUCGAUCUAUGUCAGCCUACCAUUCGACCAAGAUGACCUUGUUCUCAGCAACAAGAUGCAGCUUGGCCAGUUCAUCCAUGUCGAUAGAUUGGAGCCGAGUUCACCAAUUCCAGUCAUCAUGGGGGCGAAGCCACUCCCUGGAAGACACCCUUUGAUGGGCACCCCUGAACCCAUCGUCCGAGCCAAAGGGAACGGAGGGAAAUCAGCAAACCACCACCGAAGAGGCUCAUGGGGCCCGGAGCAGAACCCAGCCGGCGGUGUUUCCUCGCCUAAAGUUGUCAAGCCAACCACACUGGAUUUUGAAGAGAAAACACCUGUCAAGGACCGAGCAUGGAGGAGAACCGGGAAGGAAGGGAUUUCAUGGGUGACCCCAAGAUCAUCAGUAAUUGGAACUCCUUUGUCCAAGAUGUCAGACUUAAAGGAAGCGAGCACUUCGGUAAGGAAAAGCUGUGUAAUUUCCAAGUUCUCUAAGAGCAACAGCCUCUGCGAACGAGAUCCUAAAAUCCCAAAGAGUCCCUUCCCCACUGAGAAAAACGCAACAACUUUUGCUGCUAGAUUGAGAAGCGCUGCUAAAGUUGAAGACUUCUCUUCAACAUCGGAUGAGCAAGAAGACAAUUCAGUGAUAUCGAACCGGUUAUACUCGCACUCUGGAAGUAGUGCCACUUCCAAGCAAAGCUCAGGAAAUUGCAUGCCAUUACCUGGAAAACUCAGCAUGCUAGGAAAGGAAGCUACACAGCAUAGGGAAGCUGCUCAGAAGGUAGCUCUUCAAGCACUGCGAGAAGCUUCUGCCACCGAAACUGUAGUUCGGAUCCUCAAGAUGUUCUCAGACUUGAGCAGUGCUGCAAGACCAGAAGCUCCAGCUGCUUGCUUCGAUCAGUUCCUAAGCUUUCAUCAAGAGAUUGUGCAGGCAGUUACUGACUUGGAGACAAUUCAAGCAGCCACUUCAUUUGCCACAACAAGUGAGAAAGAGUUAACAAUAGAAAAGGCAAGUGAGAAGGAUUAUCAAGGCGUCCUGCAAGAGAUAGUACAUAACUCAGUCGACCAAUAUGGGCAGGCAAAUAUGAAUCCAUCCAAGAGAAGAGCUGCAGUAGUAUCUAAAUCGGUUUCAUUUGCCCCUCAAACUAAUGAGGUAAAACCAAGCCUUGGUAAGCACCCAAGAUCGAGUGUCAGCCAAAAGGCUUCUUCAGAAAGGAAGGGAGUGGAUGCUGCGGCUAAUAAUGAGAACGAAGCACCAACUUCUAGCUUGGGUAGCUCGAUAAAAUUGGCAAAGAAGAUACGGAAUGAAGGUGCGCUUUGGUUUAUGGAAUUCCUUGAAGCUGCAUUGGAAUCAGGUCUGAAGAAAGCAAAAGGUUCCAUGGGUGGUGGUGGAUGGAAAACAGGUUGCUGCCCACAGUCAUCGAUACUGAGGGUUAUCAACUGGGUAGAGGUGGAGCAGAGCGAUAGCAGCAAGAGGCCUGUUCAUCCUCGAGUAGCACAGAUAGCAAGAAAACUAAGGAUAAAAGCAAAGAAUCCUUAAUUUGAGCUUGAUUGUUCUAGAAAGAGAAUAGGUUCCCUAAAUUUGGAUUUCCUCUGUUUGUGUAAUGAUGUGAGCCCAUAUAGCACUACGUUUACAUUUAGAAGGAAUAUGUACAAUUCUUUUACGACCCAAUGCUGUGAAAACUGAACUGGUAACAAUUUAAAAUUUGGUUUUUGGUAAGAAAAUGGGCAAAGUAGUACAUAAAGAUUUCAUGAGGAAAAAUGGGGUAGAGAAAGUGUAGAACCUGUGCGAAAAGGAUAAUUUUGAUGGGUUCAGGAUGGAUUUUUUAAAAUUAAUGUAACUUGAGUUGGUAACAUAUUUUUCCUCUGUUGGAAGUUUUGAGUAACAAGCUGUAGAAUGCUCAAAAAUCUUCAUAUCUUU